UCGAGGAACACUUAAAAAACACCAUGGAUCUAUUAAAAUAACGAGAAACACUCAUGGAUAAACCGGGCAUAAACAUGUUAAUUAUUAUGCUGCUUUCAUAACUAUAUAUUUGUUGUUUUUAUUCAUUCAUUGUAUUAAUUUUAUUCCCAGUUGCACUAUAUUAAAUAGCAAAUCCGCUGGAGGUCUCGGAUCUAAACUCGCUACUGCACAGUGCACACUACUGGCUAACAACAAAGCAGCUGUGCAAAAAUGAAAACUUUUAACACAAAUACCAACGUGAUGGAAAUGUUUGAAACUGGAAAUGUCGUGAAAAUAUGCGCUCCCAUGGUCAGAUAUUCAAAAUUAGCCUUCAGGUCUUUAGUGAGGAAAUACAAGUGUGACAUCUGUUUCACUCCGAUGAUAGUUGCUGCUGAUUUUAUGAGGUCUGAGAAGGCUCGAGACAGUGAAUUUACGACGAGUAAAGGUGAUAGACCACUGAUUGUGCAAUUUGCUGCAAAUGAUGCCCAGACCCUUGCAGAUGCAGCUUGUGUUGUAGCCCCAUUCUCAGAUGGAGUUGAUCUAAAUUGUGGCUGUCCCCAAAGAUGGGCCAUGUCAUCUGGUUAUGGGGCAUGCCUUAUCAACCAACCUGAACUAGUGAAAGACAUGGUUCGAACUGUCAGAAAUCAAGUGGACAAACCAAACUACUCAGUGUCCAUUAAAAUAAGAAUUCAUAAUGAUAUCAAGAAAACUGUGGAUUUGUGCCAGAAAGCAGAAUCUGCAGGUGUGUCUUGGAUAACAGUUCACGGACGAACAGCCCAAGAACGGCACCAACCUGUUCACUACGAUGCCAUAAAGACGAUCAAAGACAGCGUCAGCAUUCCUGUGAUUGCUAAUGGGGACAUAAAGUACCUACGGGAUGUGGAGGCUACACAUAAGCUCACUGGUGUAGAUGGUACAAAAGAAAAACAUCCUAUCAACAUGACACUCCAAUGGACUGCUGUGGCAAUCUUCCUGUAUGUGGAAAUGGGUAGUCUGCUCAUCCUCUGUAUACCCUUCAUCUCACCAAAGAGGUGGAGGAGCAUUUUCCAUUUGAGAAUAUGGGGCUUCAUGUCAAGAUUUUGGAAUAAAGUCUUUCUUACCAUGAUUAUUAUCCUGAUUAUUCUGUUCCUAGAUGCAGUGCGAGAGGUGAAAAAGUAUUCGGCCAGAGAUGUGGGCACAAAUGCUAAACUUCAGCCAAACAUGUAUGAUCACCUCCACAUGAAGCUCUUCAGAGCACAGCGGAACCUGUACAUAUCUGGCUUUGCUGUCUUUCUGUGGCUGGUGAUGAAGCGUGUGAUCACCAUGAUAAGCCAACUGGCAUCAAUGUCUGAUACUACAGCUGCUCUCCAGGCACAGGCUGAUGGAGCCAAUCAGGUCGCUAAGAAAUACAAGGAGGACAAUGAACAGCUAAAGCAGUCUCUAAUGGAAGGAAAAGGUGACAAAGCAACUGAAGAAGGAAUGGAUUUGUUGCGUGAAGAACUGAAGAAACUCAAAGAAGAAUUGAAGGCAUCUGAUGAAACAUUGACAAAGUCCCACAGUGAGGCCGAUGUGAUGAAGAAGCAAAUGGAGGGUCUUGCCCGAGAGUACGACCGGCUGCUUAAAGAACACCAGGAGCUCCAGAAUCGGGAACACUCAGCAGAUAAGAAGUCUGACUAACAAGUGCAAGUGUAAACAACAGUGGACCAGUAACAACAUAGUAAACCAAACA